AAAUCAAUGGUUUGCUUGGUUUCUCGCUCUGGAAGGCAGCUUCAGAGGUAUGACAACAUGGGUCGUCGCCAAGUUGUCGGGUGCAUACCGUAUAGAUACAAAAAGGGUGGUGAUGGAAGUAUUGGCAACGAAUUGGAAGUGCUUGUAAUCACUUCACAAAAAGGUCAAGGAAUGAUGUUCCCCAAGGGUGGUUGGGAACUGGAUGAAUCCGUCGAGGAAGCAGCUUCCAGGGAGUCACUGGAGGAAGCUGGCGUUCUUGGAAAUGUUGAGUGCGAGUUGGGAAAAUGGAACUUUCUGAGCAAAAGCCAUGGCACAUUCUAUGAAGGUUAUAUGUUCCCUUUGCUUGUCAAGGAACAACUUGAUCUGUGGCCUGAGAAACACGUGCGCCAAAGAAUAUGGAUGACUGUGGAGGAAGCUAGAGAAGCUUGUAGGCAUUGGUGGAUGAAGGAAGCAUUGGACGUGCUAGUUGAAAGGCUUACUAGAAAGCAAGAUGGUGAUCAACACAACAUUGUUAAUGUUAAUGUACCAGCUCAAAUCUCAGUUCGAAGCUACCGAUAA